AUGUUGUAUGAUACUGUUUGUAUGAUUACCUUCGAUAUUUUCACUGCCGUUUACUUAGCGCAGCUUACAUGCUACCGCAAUCCGUGCCUGCCUACCACAGAUCACCACCCAGUCAGUCAUACUCGUGUGUUCACACAGUCCUAUAUAACCAACCUCUCAAGCACUCGAAGUGUGGCUACGCGCGUCUUACCCUUGAUCCUCGGCUUCGUUGUCUUGAUCCUCCUCAUCGUCGGAAGUCCCACUGGCCUCCAUUUGCACCCUGGCCUCGGAUUGGACUUUGAUCUCGAACUGUGCCCUCCAUCUUGAAUAUCACAGUGACCGGUGUGUGGCAUGGUCUUUUUUCUAUAAAUCAUAAGGGACGAGGAGGAAACGCCCCGGAAGUCAAAUUUCGCGCUACCAUCAGUGACUAUAGUGCCCAUGGCAGCGCCGCCACUUGUUCUCAGCGAGCAAACGUUGUUGAAGUUACGCUCUAAAGAAGGGUUGUUCGGAGUUGGACAUCGUUCAACUCUCUGAAAGAAACCUGUCAUCAGAAUACAGGCCGAGAACUUGAAGUAUUCGCACAUCAUCACACUACGACAAGCUCACACUCCUUCCCCUCGGAGGCCAUGAGGAUGAGCAGAACCCAUGGAUAAAAUUGUUUCGCAGCCUUACGAAGGAGUCGCUUCCACAUCUCCGAAGAUUGCAGC